CGGCAACGCGUCAGACUACGACAUGCUAAUGAAGUUCAUCGUGCUGGGUGAUACAGGUGUUGGCAAGUCAUGUCUUCUCUUACGCUUUGCGGAUGGCGUCUUCCAGGACAACUACCUCUGUACCAUUGGAGUGGAUUUUAAGCUCCGACGCCUCAAUUUGGAUGGCUUGAUUGCCAAAGUGCACGUUUGGGACAUGGCUGGGCAACGCCGCUUUAGAGUUUGCCAUCCCAACUACCAGGGCAUUGGAGGUGUUGUCAUCAUAUUCGACAUCACGGACAGGGAAUCCUUCAACAACGUUGUUCACUGGGCAGAGGAAGUGCAAGACAGAGCGAGUGAGGAGAUCUGUGUGAUGCUGAUUGGGAACAAGACGGAUCUCGAGCACCGGCGCGUGGUGUCUUUUCAAGAGGCUGGAAGGGUGGGUUUCAGCCAGGGAGUGGCAUGA